UAAAGACCCAAUAAGGUUCCUUUUUCCUGUUCAUCCUACACUCUCCUUUUGUCUUUUGAUCGGAAAGACCAAGAAGAAGAAAAUGGGAAGAAAUCUGGGUUUCUUGCUGUGCUUGUGUAGCCUCUUUGUUGGAUUAGCAGUUGCAGACUGGAACAUCUUGAAUCAGAGGAUAGGGAAGAACACGACUGAGUUGAAGAUAACCCUCAAGAACUACUGUAAAGCUUGGAGGAUUAAUGUUGAGCUCCACAACAUCCGCAACUUCGAAAUUGUCCCAGAAGAAUGCACAGAUUACAUCGGAAAGUACAUGAGUUCCACUCAGUUCACAGUUGAUUCCGAGAAAGCUCUGGAGGAAUCCACAAUCUAUCUCAGCAGCACCUUCAAGUUGACUGGUGAUGGUAAGGAUGCCUGGGUUUUCGAUGUCGACGAUGCCCUCCUCUCCACUGUUCCUUACUUCAAGAAACAUUCCAACGGAGGGGAGAAAUUUAACAUUGCCUCCUUUGAAGAAUGGGUGUGGGAGAGGAAUGCUCCAGCUCUUGAGCACACAAUGAACCUCUUCAAAGAGAUAAAAGGGAAAGGGUUAAAGAUCUUCUUAAUCUCUUCAAGAGGAGAGCACCUCAGGGAUCCCACAACUGACAACCUCUUUAAGGUUGAUUUCACAGGGUGGUCUGGUCUCAUACUAAGGAAAGAUGAGGACAAUGGCAUGACAGUGCAAGAGUACAAAGCCGAGCAGAGGAAGAAGUUGAUCAAUGAGGGCUAUCGUAUAUGGGGAAUGGUUGGAUCACAGUGGCCCAGCCUCUUGGGAUUUCCCAGUGCCAUGAGAACAUUUAAGCUUCCCAAUUCCUUAUAUUACAUUCCCUGAAAAGCAUGUCCAGUCUUCAUAAUCCAACCCCACCAAUGCCUUCUAAUUUGAAGUUUCUUCCAUAAUUAGUACCCCACCCUUUUGUUUGAUUUGGAUGUGGAACACUGUUUGGACAUUUGUUUCAA